UUUUCAGGAAAUGACUGAUUCUCCUGAUUUGGAUUUUAUUUAUGAUGAUGCAGAUUCUCAUGGAAAUGAAAUUGCAGAAUUGUACAGUUAUACAGAGGAUUUGGAGUUUCUAUGGAAUAAAACAGCAUUUGAAGAAUUAAUGGAACAAUAUGGAUAUCCCAAAAAGUGGAAUGGUUUAGCGACUUCACAAAAAGAAGAAAUCAUAUUACGACUAUUAGAUGUAAUUGAAGUGUCUCAAAGAAACACGAGAAUGCAUGCAGUGCGUGCUAUUCUAUAUUUGUUGCAGGGAGCAUUUGGAGAAUGUAUGACACUUGAUCAACAACCUAGAAUUGCUAGAGAAAAUGUUUUCUUUCUUUAUAAAGCUGGUGUUUUUCAUACUUUUGUACAGUUACUCAAUAUGGAAGUGGAAAACAGCAGUGCUGCAACAUCAGCUUUAAGGAAACCAGCUGUAUCACUUGGUGACAGUACUGAUCUUAGAGUUAUAUUAAGUGUUUUGUAUACAUUUGUAGAAGUAAUGAGAGUAUCAAGUGAAAGUGAUACUGAUGAAAUUUUAAGGCUAGCUGAAAAUUUUCAAAAUGAACUUUCUCAACCAAUGUUUGGUGAUGAAUUAUUAGCAGUGACUCUAUUCCAGAUGGUAACUAGGUUUUGUAGUGGUUCUGCUCCUCAUUUUCCAAUCAAAAAAGUAUUACUACUACUAUGGAAAGUUAUUCUUUGGUGCCUCACAGAAAUGAGUGUUCCUCAGACUCCGGUAGAAAUUUUGUAUCAAGCCAUUCUUCCGAAUUUACCUCAAUACAUGAUUGCCCUGUUAAAGAUUCUUUUGGCGGCGGCACCCACCUCCAAAGCCAAGACCGAAUCCAUCAACAUCAUGGCCGACGUCUUACCGGAAGAAAUGCCAAUGACGGUUUUACAAUCCAUGAAACUGGGGAUCGACGUCAAUCGGCACAAGGAAAUAAUCGUCAAGACCGUGUCGGGAAUUCUGCUGCUUUUAUUAAAACAUUUCAAAAUAAACCACAUCUACCAGUUCGAGUACAUGAGCCAACAGUUGAUGUUUGCCAAUUGCAUUCCGCUCGUAUUGAAAUUUUUUAAUCAAAACAUCAUGUCCUACGUCGGAGCCAAAAACAUGAUUUCGGUCAUCGACUUUCCUGCCUGCGUCGUGGGAGAACAACCGGAACUGACGGCCGAAGUGCUGGAAAUGGGAGAACAACUUCCAUACUGUUGGAGGAAUCUCUUUUCCUGCAUUAACCUGUUGAGAGUUUUAAACAAACUGACCAAAUGGAAGCAUUCUAGGAUAAUGAUGUUGGUGGUGUUCAAGUCGGCCCCGAUUCUGAAGAGAGCGCUGAAGGUAAAACACGCCAUGAUGCAACUGUACGUCUUAAAAUUACUUAAGAUGCAGACCAAGUACCUGGGUCGACAGUGGCGGAAGAGUAACAUGAAGACUAUGUCGGCCAUAUAUCAGAAAGUCCGUCAUCGCCUGAACGACGACUGGGCAUACGGAAACGAUCUAGACGCUCGUCCGUGGGAUUUUCAAGCGGAAGAGUUCGCCCUUCAAGCCAGCAUCAAUCGUUUUCACAACAGACGUUACGAUAAAAGCGGAGGAAGUUCCGAUCCGGAUUUCCAACCGGUGGACAAUAACUUUCUCAGCGUAUUGGGAAGAGAGAUCGAACUGACCGAAGAGUUUAAGCAGCAUUACGAAUCGUGGGUCAACCGAGAAGUUUUUCAAACCAACAUCGAUUGGGAUCAGCUUCUUAAUUAUAAUUAUCUAUAAAUUAAAUUGGAUUCUCUACUUAUAUCAAUAUAUAUAUAAAUACGUAAAGAGAAGGUUUCCGUAUAUUUAAAACUUCCUUCCUAUUAUAAUUAGAAUCGUCCCGCACGUUACAUUUAUAUAUAUAUUAAUAUAAAAAUUCCGAUUUCGUGUAUAUAGUAUUGUUCCGAGUAACGUUUUUUUUAAACGAAUUCUUUAGUAUGCAGAUUUUUGCGCCCUGUAUCGGUUCGAAUGAGUAAGAGUGAUUUUUUUGACAUUACGUUAUUUUGUAAUAUUGUUUUUAAUUUAAUGCCCGAUGGCCAAUGUCUCGUCGCGACCGUAGGAAAAAGUAUGUUGUAAAGUUAAGUGUAAACGUCGCGCUUUUAAAAUUACUGUAUUAGAAUUCUUGUUUUAAGUAUUAAAAUUUUUAUACGGUUUGAAUGUUUUAU